GUUUAACUAUCAUCUCUGCAAGGGCUCCGACAAGGCUCUGAAGCAGCCGCAAGACGAUGCAGGCCUGUUGAUCAGAAGGAUCAAAGAUGGCAAGUCAGGCCCAACAGAACGGCUAUUACGGCGAAUUCCAUGGGCCAUCAAGCUUAGCUAAUCUUCUCUUCAUGCUUCACACGGCAGCAGCAAAAAAAGUAACGACGUACAUCUCCGCCUCUUUCACGACACAGCACGAUGGCCGCACAUUUCCUGGGGCUCGAGCUCGCGACAGACCAGCUACGGGCAUGUAUUCUCGAUGAAAAGCAGGAGUUGGUUGGCGUCGAGCGAGUCGACUUCGACACCGAACUCAGCGAGUACCAGACGCAGGGGGGCAUAUUCACGACGCCCGGCGAAGCCUACACAACCCCAGUAGAAAUGUGGGUAAAGGCCCUAGAUAUCCUACUCGCAAAGCUAGCUUCGUCCUACAAAAUCAAGGACAUCAAAGCAAUAUCAGGCUGUGCGCAGCAGGCGCUCGUAUGGUGGAAAUCGACGCCGUUGCCUGCGCUUUCGUCCUUGGAUCCGGGGUUACCACUGCCUGCGCACUUCCCGGCAGCGUCGUUCUCGUUACCACAUACGCCGACGUCGCAGGAUAACUCGUCGCACCCUCAUGCGCUGGCGAUUGAGAGCACACUUGGAGGGGCCGAUGCGAUGGCGCGACGCGUCGGGAUCAGUGCUGGGGGGAAUGCCUCGAUGCUCGCGGCGCAGAUGUUCCGAGUACGAGAAAUGUGGGCGAAGGAGGUCUGGGUACGGACGGGAAGGGUGCAAGUUGCGAGUAAAUUUUUGGAGAGUCUGGUCGGCGGCAAGUGGGCGGGCAUUGGCGAGGCUGAGGCAUGCUUGAGUGGGAUGUGGAAUGUGCAGAGUGGCGUCUGGGACGAGGGUGUGCUGGAUAUUGUCGGCGGGAGCAGGGAGGAGGGCCGUCGGGUCCGUGGUUGGCUGGGUGAUGUCGACGUUAACGGCGGCGGUAGAAAGGCGGGAUACGUGUCGCGGUAUUUGGUUGACAGAUACGGCUUUGAUCCUGAAACCAUUCUCACUCCUUUCACAUCCGAUACGCUGUCCACCUUUGUUUCUCUCUGUCCAUCCCAGUCAGAUGCUGUUCUUUCUUUCGGUCCAACCGAUACACUGAUGGCCCGGGCCCACACGUAUAUCCCUUCACCGAUAUACAACAUCGUUCCUCAUCCAUACCAAGAACCUGGAGACAAGAAAAAGUACAUCGUGAUGUUGAGCAGCCGAAAUGGAGACGUAUCGCGCGCGCUUGCGCGUGAUAUGUAUACUAAGAGCUGGAGCGCAUUUGAUAGGCUUGUUGCCAUCGUGCCUCCAGGUGGUUCAAUAGGCCUCGACGAUAAACUGUUCUCUUUCUGGCAUUUACAACCAGAUACACCUCCAUUCACACACAGCAAGGGUGUGCACCGGUUCGAAACAGGUAUCAAGGUCAACGAGUUCCGCGACCUUCGCGCCAAUCCCAGAUGUUUGGUCGAGUCACAGGUGAUGGGAAUGCGAGUGCGGUGGGGUCGUGCUGUUGCCUUGGGAGUGUUCGGGGAGGUCAAGUUGCCGCCCAAGCCCCCAUUGCCGCCCGGCCAAAUGCAGCUUCCAUCACCGAUACCGUUCGAUCUGUACCAAACAUCGUACCCUCACCUCCCUUCCCGCAUUCUCUGUACUGGAGCGGCGACAAACUUUCCCAGCAUAGCCAAUUUGGUGUGCGAUGUCUUUGGGAAGCCCGUUUAUGUGUGCUUGAGCCAGAUUGACUCGGCACAAAUCUCUCCCCACCGGAACGCCCCCGCUCGUGGAUUCCCUGGGCGUGCGGCGGUCGGUGUUGCGCUCGUCGCGAAGUGGGUGUGGGGGAAGGAGAAGGAGAAUCGGGCUGGAUCAAGAGCCGGUUCGCCUUACACGCCUCCAGUGGGUGCCUCAUCAUUCGAAGAGGACACGCGGAAGGUGUUUGCUAGACGCUGGACCGAGAGUGGCGGCGUCUGGGCGCGGACCAAUGUCAGUAGCAGUGCUGGCGGGCCACAAACACAGGUACCGACGAUCCGGAAUGUCCUCCGGGGCGGCACCACCCUUGGUACGUCGAUCGUCAUGGAAGAGGAGGAGGAGGAUGAGAGCUAUUUUGUAAACGGAGGAGUGAACGCGUAUAUGUAUCCGAACUCCCAGACGCCGAUAAUCUCGACGCCUACGACGCCCACGGGGACGAUGGCGCUGACGCCGAUUUCGGCGUUGCCUAUCGUUUACCCGCCCGAGAUGGCUACGCUCGCGCCGCCGUCGGCGUCUACUCCCUCAGGGGAGCAGAUGCCAGAUUUGGACCUGGCCCAGAUUGGGCUUGCGAGGGUGGCGGACCCUGAUUUUGAUUCAUUCUUGGGGUACGCGAGCAUCGUGUGGGAGUACGUCCGUCUGGAGAGUAUCAUCGUAAAGGGAGGUUGAUGAGUAUAGGAUUCUUUAUAUAUAUAUCUUCAAUGCUUUUCGCUGUCUAUAUUACUACAUAUAACCCACUUACCUAUAUUCCCAUCGCUUUAGGACACCAUACCCCUUCCUCGCUCGUCUUGCUCUUCGCUUUCUUACUUGCUACAUGCAAAACAGACAACUCGGAUUUGGUUGGAUUAUGGUACAAUCAUAUCAUAGUUAUAAAAUACGUACAGUAAAUAGGUAGUGUAUACAAAAAUGGUCCAUCCUGUAACGGAAGAACGCUGAUCGAGAGUGGGGAAGAUGAGGAAAUAUUUCUUUUCUGUCUUUGGUCAUGCGUAUAAUUGAGUGAGACUAAGCAGACUAAGAUGAUUUGCUCUCGCAUCUUUCGGGUCCCCACUGAGGUAACGCCCACGUGAUCGGAAGCAAAAAGGAUACCCUCCCAUGACUGAUGACA